CGCGUGGUUUAAUGCACUCUGCAUCGGCGGAGACGGCGAAUGACUCGGUCAAAAACGGUUAGUGUGCCAAAUGCGAAUGUUGCCGGCGCAGAUCGACGGCGGCCGUAUUUUAUAAUAAUUUUGGUGCGAGCAAUAAAAUAUGUUACGUUUCUCCGUACGCACUUCCUAAUCUUCACCGUGGCGUCGGUGGCGCGAGGCGCGGCUGUGCGCAAGGAACCGGUGGACGGGGUGGCGCACCGUCGGCGGAGAGAGCUGCAGGUGGUCCGGGCGGAGACGGAAGCGUGCUGGCGGACCACCGAGCGCCUGUGCCGGCGCAUAUCCGAUGACCGGACGAAGCUGGACUCGGCGGUCGCGGAAUACGGGCGCAGGUUGGCGGAACUGGCCGACCGGCAGUCCGGGGCGCACGAUCGGCUGGUGGCCGUGCUGCACGGACGGUCGGAGGCCGAACGCCGGCGCGCGGCGGUGCACGAUCGCGCGGAGAACGAGCUGAGAGCGCGGCGGACGGCCAGCACGGUGCGCGCGUACCGGUUGGACGCCAGGUGGCAACAGCUUCACGGCCGGUACCGCGGGUUCGCGAUGGACGUGUUGGAAGCGGGUCGACGGCCGUCGUCGCCGCCGCCGCCGCCGCCAACGCCACCGGCCGGGGCGGCGCGGCGUCGGCUCGGGCCCGCCAAACAGGGACGCCGUUUCUUCGCGCUGGCCGACCAGGUGGGCGCGCAGUACCGGCGCGAAUCGCUCCGGACGUCCCGGUCGUUGCUCAGGCUCAUGUCCGGUCACAUGCGGGAAACGUCGGCGGGCGGCCAGUCCCGGUCUUGCGGCGAUGGCGGCCAGCCGUCGUCGGACGUGCUGGACGGCGCCGAACCGGUACAGGUGUUGGACAAGCUUCGCGUCAUGCAGGAGCAGUGCGCGAGGAUCGCGGAGCGCGUGCGCAGGCGGACUUCGGCCGGGCGGACCGAGCAACAUUCGCCGGAGACCGGCGGUGGCGGUGGCAGCGGAAAACGUCCGCAAGCCGAAGUGCUGUCGGAAGCGCAGCGCACGGUGGCGGCCGGCCGACAGUACUUGGACCGGAUACGGCGGCUGACGGACGCGGCCAUCGGCGAGGUGGAGCGCGAGCAGACCGCGUUGCGGAGACUGUUGUGCGCGACGUGCGCGACGUGCGUCGGCAAAAGAGCGCCGUUGCGGUACGGUUCGUCGCCGGUCACCGAAAUCGCGGGACGGCUCGAGCGAGCGUGUUUCGAGCUGUUCGCGCGACUGGACAGGGCAGGUGCGCCGGGCCCGCGGUGUACGCCGGACCAGGUCCAGGUCGGGGCGGACCGCCGCGGCGGUGCUGUUCACGACGUGGUCACGUUGUGCUUGCGCGCCGUCCACGAGCAACGCGUGAACGCCGUGCGUAGCAUUCGGGACACCGAGCGCCGGGUGGGCGACUUCCGCAAAGCCGUGGCCCGGCUGCUGUUGGCGGCCACGCCGAGAAGCGAUUUGGCCACUGCCGCGGCGCGACCGCCGCACUGCAAGCGCAAAACGUCGGCGCCGCCGAACCGGGUGACGAAGCCCGGCGGCUUCCGACGGCGGCCGCCGACUGCGGGGCCUCUGAGCGGCAAAACGCCGGUCGCCUCUCCGAAAUCGCCGUUGCGGACGAAAUAUUAUAAUUACUGCGAAGGUGCCACUACCGAAACUGCAGUGGUCGUUCCGACCGCGGUCACGAUGCUAUGUCCGCCGUCUAUUGGUAUCAUACAGUACGAGUGACGUGUGUGUGUGUGACCUGACUGACCUGUUCGGGAUGUUAAUAUACCUUUCGAUUUAUUUUUACGCAAAAAACGAAUUUAUUUAGGUAUUAGGCGUUGUACGUUUGUAACCAAACGGCCUACGAGUCUCAGCCGAUUAAUUCAAUUGAUGUUCGAUCGAUGUUUAGAAAAUCUUAGAAUUUUCUUAAUUAAAACUAUCCAUAAUAAAUAAACAAUAUGGAAAAAAUAAAAUUAACA